GCGAAAGGAAAAGAAGCAAGAAGAGAAAGAGAAGGAAUGGCCAGUAACCACAAAGGUCGUUUUUCAACCUGAAGAUGGUAAUGAAAAUGAUGAUGGUAGAGAUUGCGAUCAUUGAACUUUCCUUGUGUAAAAAACUGGAAAAGAUGUUUUCUUUUUACCAGUCAACUGCAAAGGGAACCUCUAACAUUGUCCACAUUGUUGGGCUGUUUUUUAGUGUUGAAAGCAAUAUGAUCAGUGAACAAUAAACAAGAACUAGACUAUUUCUCUCUUUUAUAGAGGAGUGAACGUUAAUUGCAAGAAAAUCUUGACAAGUUAAGCUUAAUAUUGGGUUAAAUCUGGUUCACAAAAGUAUUUAUUUAUAAUCUGUUAUUACUCAUUUGACCAAACUUAGUUGUCUAUGUCUUUACUCUGUGUUUAUCUGAUGUUACCAGCUCUUAUGACCAAUAUUAUUCAUCUUCAUAAAUCAUCUUUAGUUUGUUUAUCUCAUUAUUAAUUUUUUAAGUUCAUCAUCACCAGCAACAAUAUGCCAAUGGAAACGGUUGUCAUCUUUGCCAUCGGUAUACUUAUAUUGAUAUUUCUUGGUUCUCUGGCAGCGCUUAUUGUAAUCUGCCAACAGCGAUAUUGCAGACGUGAUUUUUUAUUUAAAAAUUUAGCAACUGAUGCUGCUCCUGAUGUUGGUCUUUUGGGUUCCUCUUCAAAUAAUAAUUCAGGCCCUUCUAAUUCUAUGGAGCUUGACGACGUUGCCAUACAUCCAGAGAUUGAUAAAAUAUUAGCCGAUGCUCGGUGGGUUGACGAUGUUACUGGACUGAUUCCUCAUUGUUUAGCCAUUCUCAAAGGUUGCCAUCAUUUAACUGAACGUUUGGUUGCCUCAACAAUGGCUGCUCUCAACACUUAUCAUCAAGAUGACCAACAGAGAAAACUCUGGGAAAUUAUACGAAUCGCUCAAAAGAUAAGUCCAAGAGUGGAUGAUGUUGUCCAAUCAAUGUACAAUGGUGACGCUCGUCUUCUUGAGGCUCGUUGUUUUGCGGUUGUCUUAUCCGUUUCUCAUCUUGCAAUUGCAAUUAAAUAUUUGUGUAACGUUGAAAGUAAUUGGAUUCAAGAAUCACUUGAGGAAUUGGAGCAACAAAUGAAGGUUCUCCGUGAAGUUGGCCAAUCAUUGGUGGAAUCAACUAAUAAUGGUUCGAAUGGUGCGAUAAAUCCAGUUUGCUCAGCCGAUGGCGAAGAUGAGAAAAUUAAUGUACCAAAGGAGAUGAUCGCGACAUAACCAGUGAUUCCAUUUAUCGAUAUCAGCCAAUAUUAAUCUUUUUUAUCCAUAUUUUUGUUGUCCAUCAACGAUAAUCAUCAAACAAUCAGCCUAUCGGCUAUAAAUUUGAGCCUGUUAAACGGGCAAAUUACAUAUUAAUUUUAUAUCAUCUUGAAUCACUUUUUUGUUUCAAUAAACAUUUUUUACUCAUGAUAACCUUUACAGCCUCAUGUGAGUUAAACAAUCAAAUUGUAAAAAAUAAACAUUUAACAUGAUUAUUUCUUUCUCAUAA